CGCGCACUCCCGUCCUGCCGCCGCUAUGGCUGCCCCGGCGCCGGCCCGGCUUCUCCGGGCCGCCGCCACUUCCUCCCGCCGCUGGCUCUUCUCCGCCUCGCCGGCGGCCGGGACGAGGCCGGGCUGCGGCAGCCCCCCCGCCGCUGCCCUGAGGGCAACCCGACUGUUCAGCCUCUCUGCCCGGGCGGCGCUCAGCUCAGAAGAUAAAAUAACUGUUCAUUUCAUAAAUCGUGAUGGUGACAAACUAACAGCCAAAGGAAAACCUGGGGAUUCACUGCUGGAUGUUGUUGUUGAUAAUAAUCUAGACAUAGAUGGUUUUGGUGCAUGUGAAGGAACACUAGCCUGUUCGACUUGUCACUUAAUCUUUGAAGACCACAUAUUUGAGAAACUAGAUGCAAUUACUGAUGAAGAGAUGGACAUGCUGGACCUGGCAUAUGGCCUCACAGAAACAUCACGUUUAGGCUGCCAAAUCUGCUUGAAGAAAUCGAUGGAUAAUAUGACUGUUCGAGUACCAGAAGCUGUUGCCGAUGCUAGACAAUCAGUAGAUAUGAGUAAAAACUCCUAAAACAAAAUAUCUUUGGGGUUUUAAAGAAGUUUAAUUAUUUUUAUAACUUAUUUUUAAAUGUGUAAUUAAAUAUGGAAACUUACAUAAUUGUGAGUUAUUUUAUAUGACUAUCAAUAUUAGAUUAAUGCUAUUUUAAUUUUCUUUAUAGAACCUCCUAUAUUUUUACGCUUAAAAUGCAAUAAUACUUCUUAUAACAGAUAUCGGGUUAUAAAUGUUAGCAAGUGUAUUACAGAUUUCAUAUAACGUUAUUCUGCCAAAACCUUUAAUGACAUUUGAAAACUGGGUCACUUCUACAAGACCUCUCCUUAAAAAACCCUGAGCAUUUCUAGGUUUCAAACCUGAAUAUGUUAGAGAACAAAACUUGUAAGACCGCAUGGGGUCUUUUUAAAGUGUUGUCAUUAAAGAUGGUGUGCUCAGAGCUAAUUUGCUUUCUCAGUAGAUCUGAUACUUCCUCAGCAAAUAGUGGACUUUCAGGGUAGGGAUUUUCCAGAUUUUGGAAUCUUAAUGAGAUGUGGCAAACUUUGUCUUGCAAAAAUACUGUUAAAACCAUGAAAUCUAGGGGCUGAUACAGAAUGUUGGCACCUGCAGCUUAAUCGCUGCUGUGCAUCUCUGUUGCCCAAAUAGAAGACAAUAAACCUCAGUUUAAUUGUAUUUAUGUUUGAUGACACCACAAAUACGGGGAUACACAUGGCUUAGAAGAGUAAAUCCUUGGCGUUGUCUAAUGGGAGGGCAUAUGCACUGGAGGUAACUGUAAACUCUUGCUCCUCUCUGAAGAUGUCUUAGUUGGGAUUGAAGAGGGCAGUGUUUGUCAACGUUUGUUCUGUCAAGCUUUGUUCUGAAAUCUUUAUCUCUUACUUCUUUGGUUUUGAGUUUGUUCAGGAGUCAGUCUGAUGUUACCUAGGGCAUUCAGCUUGAAGAGAAUCCUGGAUUCACCUUGCUCCCAGGAUCAUUUCAGUAAUGGUUGAUGUGAAAUGACCAAGUAUACUUAAUCCAUAAAGAUGCACUAGGUUCCCCAGAAGGGGUAGGGAGACCCCCGUGGUGGGAUAGGGUGUGGACUGAUGAUGGAGAGCUUUCAGGUGGAUCUUGUUUUAGUCUUUCUAAAGUAGACCAAAAUAAAAUAAUGUCUCUAAGACUAUUAUCUUCUCCAUUUUUUUUGCCUAAAUAAUUAAAUGAAAUGGCUGUCACUAAUACAACAGUUGUUACAGCUAUAAGGUUAUUUUAAUUUUUCGGGCUUAUUUUUAUGUAUAUAACCUGUUUAUUUACACUUGAAUGAUCUAAUGCAUUCAUUAAUGCCUUAUUUGAACUGGUGACAAUGGCAUCAAGACAUCUUGCAUUAUAUCUAUAGGAGAAGAAAAACAUUUUUCCAUUGUCAAAUAUUGGGAUUAUUUUGAGCUUCAUAAAAGAAAAAAGUCCCUUUUUGUUACAAAAAGAAAUAUUAACUAGAACUCUUAUUGAAAAUAGAUUAGUUCAGAUGCCUUGAUUUCCUGAGUAACUAUUUCUUUGUUUCAUGGUGUUCCCUUUGGACUUUCCACUAGAACAAGGUAUGCUUAAUGUGGUCUGCUCAGAUAAUUUAAUCAUAUAGCAUUUUCAAAAUGUGCUUCCUAUCUCACCUAAUUCAAAAUAUGACUCCAGAGUUGACGUUUCCUGGCUUUUUGAAAGACACAGAGAGCAAGGUCAGGGAGAAGAGUGGAAAAAAAUUGGAGAAGUAUUCUGAAGCUACUGCUGUCUUCCUCUUCAGCUGCUGUGACUCUAACCAUAAUUUAGGGAUUAGCCUCCCAUAAUCAGGCACUAAGGUAAAUCAGUUCUCACUUUGUAUUGCCUUUGUCCUGAAUUCAUUUAUAUACAGUAAUUAUUAUUAAAUCUUGAACUUAUAUUUUUUAAAUGAGACACAGUUCUUUAGCUUCCAAGAGAGGGAACUCAGGUCAUAACCAGAUGUACUGUGCAUUCUUACGUAGGAAAGACAUCUGAGGUUUCAGUGUAGCUGUGGGGCUUGGGGGUAGAUGUUGGUGUUUGUUGGGUUUGGGGGUUUUCUUGGUUUUGGUUGUGUGGGUUUUUUUGUUUGUUUGGGGUUGGUUUUUGUUUGUUUGUUUUACUUGCAACACCAGGCACUUCUCCUUGUGGGAAUCUUGAAGCGCUUAACACUGUUAAACAAAUGUGAAACGGCUCUCCUGUGACAGUCUUCUUUCUAAGCCAAGGUUGUUUCCUCGUGCGUUUCCUGUGACAGCUUCUCAUUACAAAGACUUUGACUCUCCCAUAGUGUGCCUGUGGAAGGAAUUAUUUAGCACAGCAAGGCAAAAAGAAAAAAAAAAAGACACUUCAAAGUUCAUUUUGAAUUCUAGAGGUAUCCCAUAUUGCAUGCAAAUGGAAAUCUCAGAAGGCAAAGGAACUGACAUGUAAUUCCCAAAAUGCACAGCUCAGAUCUACUUGUCUCCUUAUUGUCAAAAUGAUUUGCAAAUAAAUCUUAUUUUAUACCACUUUCUGA